AUGCAGGCGAUUCGUCUUCGUGAUGCCCUCUUCUUCCUCGGCCUCGGCGCGUGCGCGCUGUUGAUUACGACCGUGUACUCGCCCGCGUCGUACGAGACGGUUCAUAUUCCAGACGACGAGCGCGCGCCCAUGAGGAAGUUACUCCAGGUCAUUCCGAUCGGUCCCACGGGCGUAGUUCUCAACGCGAUCAUGCAGCCGACGACAUUUUUGCGCGUUGCCCUCCUGCUCUUGCGCAAUUCGGUGGACAACAAUCCGACGCAGGAGUUUCUCCAGAUGAUACUCUCAACCGACUUUGGGCACACGAAAUUCACUAACGUCUUCGCGUCCUUCGCCUCGGGCGUCAUUCAGGAUUUCAGCAGCGGCGUGACCACGGACACGGUACUGACGUCGGAGUGGGCGGUGGAUGGAACGAGUACGCUCGAUAACACCGUCUUCACCGAGUUUUUCGCCGGAGGUGCGUUCGGGAUCGAACAGUUCUUUGGCUGGGGAUUCGAGAUGAGCGGGCUCGCUGCGGCUGCGAUUCAGCAAUUUUUAUCGCCGAAGGAUGAGAACGAGUACGAGUACGAACAAGAAUACGUCGCUCCAAUCGAGGGCGAACCAGAUCGCCGACGCAGAAGACUCCUGAGCGCGUCUGAGGCUAAGGCUCGAAAACUUCCAGUGGGAUCUGAAAUCGUGCAUCAAGUGCAGCACCCGCUCGACGGUGACGUCAUUCGAAGAGCCGCGGGCAGAGCGCUUCGACGUGUCAACGGUACCGAGCCGGUAUCGGAGCGAAGAAGUUUGUCCGAGGUGGAAGAAGUGACGUACACCGACGUCGAGGAGUACACGACUAAUUGGUUCGAGUCGUUUCCCGCGGCGCUUCCACUCGCCAUACGCGAUAGAUUCAUCGCACUGCUCGAAGAGUUCGUGGUCGAUCCUCAAAUUCGCAUUAGCUUGGACGUCACGGUGGCCCUCGUCGGCGUCGCCACUCCGGGUGUCGGGAUAACUACGUACGAAGCCGCGGCCGAGAACACUGUCUCGACGCAAGUCGUGUUUCAUGGGUACGACGCGGCUGUCGAUUUCGCGACGUCCAUCGAUCCCGCAGUGGCGGUCGCCGGGUCAAUAUCCAAAGGCGUCGCCAUCGCGAACGCCAUCGACGACGCGACGAAGAUUUUGGGUGCCGUCACGAGCAUAGUGGACGAAGUGAACAACAUCAUCGAGCAAGACGGGCUGAGUCGCGAAGCCGGAGAUGAGGUCGCGGCGCAGGGAGGAUCGAACGAGACGCUCACCGAGCGCGUGGCAAGAUGGCUUCGACCGAUGCGAAACGACAGCGCGAUCACACGUCCGCGCGGCGUGGACACCACUCGAGCGACACACUUCACAUCGCUCGGGCAAAAUAGCACGCCCGUGGAGGAGGACGAGUCGGCAGACGCUCGAGGACCAUACGACGUCUACGAGCCGCUUCCCGUCGAUGGCGAUUACGAGCCGCUCGGAGCGGUCUCGGGGACGUACGCGGUCGCGGUGUCGUUGAUUUUUCUCGAACAGAUCGCACUAAACGGUGGUUCCAUCACUGUUAUUUAA